AUGAACAGGCUUAAGCAAAGCACCAGCUCCAACAACAGCGGCACAUCCUCGGAAACCAGCGAGACGCAAAGUGCGGAUGACCAGCAGAGCGCUUCGCAGGCGAACGUUCGUGUAGGCAGUGCAUCAUUGAGUAGAGCCAAAAACAGUUGGAAACGCAUGAAAGAUCUGGCUGCCGACAAGGAAAAGGAAAAGGAUAAUGAGGCUAAGCGUCCGCCAUGGCGAGCGGUUAGCGUUUCGACGCUCACCAAGCCGGAUAAAAGUGCCCUGCUUCGGGCCAAGCUACUGGAUGCUUCAAGGCGGCUAAGAGCUGGCAAGGCCAAUGUGGCCCUGCAAACGGACUUUGUCCCUACAAAGCUUAUGAAGGAGGCGAGUUUUGGAGUGCAAAAAGAUCUAAUCCUGCACAGGGACAUAGGCAUUCUCACCGAUGGGCAACUAUCAAAAAAGAAGGAUGGCGAAAAGUAUGUCCUUACCUAUUCCAUGUCCCAAAUGACCGACACUGUGCCUACGACUUCGCGUCAAACCCAGACUCUGCUGCCCAAGGCAUACAACAAGGAACUGAUCAACUCGUAUCUGACAUCCGAUGAAGAUGGCAAUGCCAUUAUUUCCGAUGUGGAAAAACGGCUGGGCGAUCAGAUUGCCAAGAUACGGAAACUAAACCUCAACGAAUCAGACCCUCAGCAGCCGCCGAAAAUAAAAAACAAUACUAACCUGGCUCCCACACUGGCCUCCUGGCACUUUGAUGACGAUGCGGUGGAAAUGGAAUCGGAUCGACACUUUAUACCCUACAUUAUCGAGCCAUACAAGCCGUGGCGCAGCUUUGUCCCGUUUCCCUUCCGGCUGAGAGGUAAAACACUAAUUGGUGCCCAGAAGAUAGACUGGUAUGCCCUGCUGCAGUCCAUCGAUGAUCUGAUCAAGGAGUCCAACAACCUGGUGGAUAAGCUGGAGCAGAUAAUGCUGGAGAACCGAGUGCAUCGCAAGUCGGUGCUGGAUAAUCUUGGAAAAAUGUCAAAUUUUAUGCCGUCUAGCUUUACAUCUCCCGCGGAGCAAUGGUUGCCACUGAUUGAGCAGCAGGAAAAGCAAUUACAAAUUAUGUUGACCACCAAUGAGGCGAGUUACGAGGCUUUCGAAAAGGAAAAUUAA